GUACACUUUAUUACAUUCCUAAAUCUAUAGAAAAAUGUAUAUAUUAGAAGAAUUACAACCUGAUAACAUAAACCGAAUUUAAUCUAUAAUGUGCAUAACAUAAAAAAUUACCAUAAAAAAUAUAUUCUUCAUCGCACCGAAUGUUUCGCUUCCCUGGCUUAAGGUCCAGUAGUGCCUAUUUGCCAUAUUAAGUGCACUUGAAGUAUAGUAGCCGCCAAACCUUCGUGCUUUACAGACGUGUUUCAAUAAACAAUAAUUAUUAUAAAACAAGUGAUUUUUAAGUUACAAGUAGGUAAAUAGUGAAAUAAAUUAUCAAGAAUGAAUACGACAGCGCACGAAUCGCCUUUAGCGAAGACUCCGUUAACCAAAGACAAAAUGGAGAAAUGGGUGGCAGCGACGGUCAAGGGAGAGAAAAUAGACGUCGAUGUCUAUGGCAAGCCCACGGCACAGAUGAUCAAAGAGCUGGAGAAUGUCAGGAAUCUCAGCAAGGAGUUACAGGAUAACCUACAUGAGUUAGAAAACACAGUCCGCAUCACCGAUGUGGAGAAUCAAGAAAUGAACCCAACGGCUCCCAUCCUCGACUUCUCGGAAGACCAUGAAUUCGUUCCUGAUCACAAAGACACAUACUACGCUGAAGAAGACAAAUUGGACGCUAAGGAAGAAGAAAAACAGAAGCUGACCAAGGGUAAAGGGCCAAAGACUGAGAUCCAAGCGUUUUAUAAAGACCAGUGCUUGUUCUUGACUGGGGGUACUGGGUUUUUGGGCAAAGUGCUAAUAGAAAAGAUUCUUCGUUCUUGCGGAGACAUCAAUACAAUAUAUGUUUUGACCCGAAAUAAGAAAGGCAAAGAUGCAAGGGCGAGAUUACACGAGAUGUUGGAUGAAUUUCUUUUUCAAAGAGCGCUCGAUGAAAACCCUAAAGGCAUACACAAGGUGGUCCCAAUACUUGGUGACAUGGAACUACCAGGCUUAGGUAUAAGUGAUGAGGAUAGGAAGACGCUAGCGAACAAAGUAACUAUAAUAAUCAACGCGGCAGCUACAGUGAAGUUUGACGAAAAGUUAUCAGUCUCGACGGCUAUCAACGUCAAGGGUACGAAGGAGGUUCUGAAGCUGGCCAAGGAGUGCAGGAAUCUGAAGGCUAUCACUCACGUAUCAACAGCUUUCUCCAACACUCAUGUCAAACAUAUUGAAGAGAAGUUUUACGACCCUCCGAUAUCAGUGGAGGCGCUGGAAGCUAUCUCCGAGAUUGAUGAGAAGCUGAUUGAGAGCAUCCUGCCGACACUUCUUGGCAAACGACCCAACACCUACUGCUUCACGAAGGCAAUAGCAGAGGAAGCUGUCAGAAAAUAUGGUGAAGGACUUCCAAUCUGCAUCGUCAGACCGUCUAUUGUUGUAUCGACAUAUGAAGAGCCGGUCCGAGGAUGGACAGACAGUGUCUAUGGACCAACGGGACUCGUCGUUGGUAUUGGCACUGGGGUUCUCCGCACCAUGUACAUGGACCAGGAGAAGGUGGCCGACAUGGUACCAGUGGACCUCUGUGUCAACGCUAUCCUCACCUCAGCCUAUUACACUGCGAAGAACUAUAAGGAGAAUCAAACAUCCAAUAUUCCGAUCUACAACUUCGUAUCCGGGGCACAAAACCCAGUCACCUGGUGGGACUUCAUUGAGAAGAACCGGAAGUACGGCAUCGAUAAACCCACAACUAAGGCUGUAUGGUAUUACGGGUUAAAUCCGACAAACAACUAUUAUCUCUUCUUAUUCUACAACUUCUUCCUUCACUACUUGCCUGCUCUACUGAUCGAUACCUACUCAUCACUCACGGGGAAAAGAAGAGCAAUGUUGAAACUGUACUCGAAGGUGAUGAAGCUGGCGAACAUUUUGUUUUAUUUCUCGACUCAAGAUUGGAAGUUCUCGGACAUGAACGUCAGGAACAUGUGGAGCUCGUUAUCUGACGAGGAUCGAGCUGUAUUCCCUUUCAGCAUGGGAGAAAUGUCGUGGGAAUAUAUGUGUGAAACCUUCUUAGUAGGUUUACGAGUAUACCUCAUCAAGGAUGACCUGUCAACGUUACCUGAAGCUAGGAAGAAGUGGAACAAACUGUACUACCUCCACCAGACACUGAAGGCUGUUACUUUAGUUCUAGUCCUAAAUCUAGCCUAUUUCCUUCUCCGCCCAAUAUUCUCCAUAGUAUUAGGUCGCUAAGUUAAUCAACUUUAAAUUAUAAUCCCUGUAAAUUACUAACAUACAGAAGGCUUGACGCAUUUAGCAGAAGUGACGUCAUAACCUCGUAAAACAGCAUUGAAAACUGCUUGCAAUAGAAUAAGAACUGUCAAUUUAGGACGACAAAAUGGCGGAUUAAAAAGUUAGAAAUUUGCAGGGAUUAUAGAGUAAUGUUCUUGUAAAUAAUAAUUGAAUUAUUUCAGGGUUUGAGAUUUUAAAUAGUUUUAUAAUAUUUAUAAAUGAUUGCCUUUUAAUAGUAACUGUCAAUUCUUACGCAGAUCCUGUGUAGCUCAUGCCUCAAGGCGGCGCCUUGACAAUUGUGCAAUAUUAUGAAAUAGACGAUACCAUAGAGAUGCAAUGAUUGAACGAAAGUUUCAGAGUGAUAUUUUUUUAUUCUAUGAUAAUUAUUGUAAGUAUUAAUCUUCAACAUUCCACAAAAAACAAGACGUAAUUAGCAGUUCAUAGUGAAGUACAAAAUAACAU